AUGUUAAUUAUAUCAAUUCAAUCAUGUAUGAUUAUUGAUAUGUUACAAAUUAAAAAUUCAACUGAUAUUAUUUUUACUGGUCGUGUUCUUGCAAUUCAUCAAUGGUCUAAUAAUUAUCCAUAUUCAGCAUUCGUUUGGGUUUUUCGAAUACUUCAUGGAGAAUCUUAUAUGCUUGAACAUUAUCAAUUGAGAAAUUUACCACGACCAUUCUAUGUCAUUGUUGAUAAUUUGGUGAUUUGUGAAGAAAGUUCACCAUUAAAAUAUUACGAUAUGAAAAUAUUUAGUGUUCGAAUUACUCAUGCACGAUUUUAUUCAAGUUUUACACCGUUGCCAGUUACGCUAGCAAAUAUAAAAGCAAUCGAGGGCAUUCAGAGGAAGAGUUUAACAACAUUUCCUAGUAAUAAUAGUGAGAAUGUUUAUAAUCAAUCUUCAAUUGAAUUUCAACCUGAACGAAAUGAUAAUGGUUUGUCUAGAUGCUAUUGUCCGGACAAUUGCAAUGAAUAUGUUCACACGAUACCAUCAGAAGGAUAUGUUUGUGGUAGUGAUAAUCAAACUUAUGAGUCAUUAUGUGAAUUAAAUAAAAAAGCAUGUCAAACUCAACAAAAUUUGUCUGUUGCACAUAUUGGUGAAUGUCAAGGUUGUCAUCACUCAAAUUGUCCUAAAAAUGUUGAUGAAUGUAAUCCUCAUAUACAAUGUUUAUUUGAUUAUCGUCCUUUAUGUGCAAGUAAUCUUCAAGAAUAUUCUAAUGAAUGUGAAAUGAAUAAAUAUGCAUGUCAAUCAAAUAUACAUUUAACAAAAUUGUAUGAUGGUCCAUGUGAUUUUUCUGAACAACAUCAACAAUCUGAAGCCUGCAAGGCUCUUAUUUGUUUUAAUGGAAAGACAUGUAUGAUUGAAGAUGGUAUUGGUGUAUGUCGAUGUCUAUUUAAUUGCUCAUCAGAAGAAAAUAAAAUAUGUGGAUCAAAUGGUAUUUUGUAUCGUAAUUUAUGUGAAAUGGAACGUAAUCGUUGUAUUAACGAAGAAAAUAUUGUACCAAUUGAUAGUUCAUACUGCAUGCCAACGUGUGAUAUACUUCAAUGUCCAUAUGGUCAAUGUAAACAAAAGUAUAAUGGUCAAGUAGAAUGUGAAUGUCAAUCAUGUUCUGCAGUAUAUUCUUAUCAAGAUAUAAUGUGUGGUAAUAAUGGUAUUACUUAUUCAUCACAAUGUCAUCUUGAAUAUGAUGCUUGCAUAGGACGUCGUUCAGAUAUAAAACCAAUUCAUAUGGGACAAUGUAAUAAUUGUCAUAAUGUUACAUGUCCAUUUAAUGCACAAUGUCAGUCUGAACAAGGAAAUUAUACAUGUGUUUGUCCAUCAAGAAACACUUGUCCACCUGUUCAAAAUGAUGAUUCUUAUUCAAUUUGUGCAAGUAAUCAACAAUUCUUUUCUAGUCAAUGUGAAAUGGACAUUCGUUCAUGUGAAUUACAAAUUCAUCUUUAUGCUAUUGCACCUCAUUAUUGCAAUAAAGAUAGAGAUAAACCUGAAUAUACUCGUGAAUGUGGUUAUGAUGAACCAUUAUUUGAUACAAUGAUGAAUCGUAAUACUGAAUGUGACACUAUUGGACGUUGUCCCAUGAAUAGUUAUUGUAACACACAAACAAAUCGAUGUUGUGUUAAAGUUAUUACUGCUAUAUUACCUUAUCGAACAUGUUCAACAGAUGAACAUUGUGGUAAAAAUAUGGCUUGUUUAAGUAGUCUUUGUGAAUGUGCACGACAAGAUUUUGUACCAGCAAGAAAAAAACGAGAAUGCAUUGCUGUUCCUCAUUUAUCUAUUGGUUCAACUUGUUUUGAUUCUCCAUAUGGAUGUUGUCAUGAUAAUAUUACUAUUUCACCUAGUUUAGAUCGACGUGGAUGUCCUGAAUAUUGUAAAUGUCAUCCAACUGGUUCAUUACAAUCUUCAUGUGAUCCAAUAACAAGUUCUUGUUAUUGUCGACCAGCUGUUGGUGGAUCUAGUUGUUCACAUUGUGAAAAUGAAUAUUGGGGAUAUUCUCGUAUAUUAUCACAUAAUAAUACUGGAUGUACUCCUUGUGGUUGUCAUCCAUAUGGUUCAACACGAAAAGAUUGUCUUCAAGAUACCGGUGAAUGUUCUUGUCAUUCAUUUGCAACUGGCCGUCAAUGUGAUAAAUGUAUUGAUUCAUCUUUAACAUUAACUGAUCGUGGAUGUGUUAAUUUACGUACAGGUCGUCGUCGUCCACGAACAUGCCGAGAUUUAAUUUGUCUGUUUGAAGGUAUAUGUCAAAUAAUAAAUGGUCAUCCUCGUUGUACAUGCCAUCACGUAACAUGUACAAAUGAUGAACAACGUUCAAUGGAUAUAUGUGCAUCAGAUGGGCGAACUUAUAAGUCAAAAUGUGCUAUUAAACGACAACAAUGUUUAAAACAAUAUGAAAUUAGUUUAAUUUAUCCAGGUGUUUGUACAGAUGGAUCAUCGAUAGAAUAUUCUCAAUUGGAAGAAGAGGCUGUAUUUCAAGAAGAAAACAUAUUUGAUUAUCCAUCACCAUUAGUACCGGUGGAUUCAAAACGAUGUGCUACAAAUGCAGAUUGUGGUGAAAAUAUGGUUUGUUUAUCGGAAUUUUGUGAAUGUGCAAAGCAGAAAUAUAAACGUAUACCAGGACCACGAUGUGUGGCGCCUCAUUCGAAUAUUUUAGCAUCGAAUCAUACAUUAAAUCCUGUUCGUCGUACAACGAUGGGUGCUUGUAUGCGACGAACACCAUGUGAAAAUCAAGCUACAUGUAUCGAUCGACCAGAUGGAAAUUAUAAAUGUUUAUGCGCUUUUGGUUGGCAAGGACGUCAUUGUAAUGAAAAAUUUAAUGUAACAAUUCCACAUUUUAAUCGUCAAUCAUAUUUUGAACUUAAAACUCAACUAUCAACAAAACACAGUGAUAAUCAAUUAUUACGCAUUGAUCUUAUAUUUGCAUCUGAACAUCAUAAUGGUUUACUUCUUUAUGCUGAUGAUAAAUUAACAGAAUUUUAUUUUAUUAUUUCAAUAAGAAAUAAAAUUCUUGAUAUAACUGUUCGUCUUGAUCAUUUUAUAUCAACAAUUCAAUUACCUGAUGUUAUUGAACUUGAUACAUAUGUUCGUUUACAAGUACAUAUCUUACAUAAUGAAAUACGUGCAAGAUUAAAUGAUGGAAAUAUUUCAUCAAGAUUAUUACCAUUUGGUAGUUCAUUUAAAAGUACAUUAUAUUUAGGAGGAUUACCAGAUUCUUUAAUUUCUCUUUAUCAACAAUUUCAUCUUGAUGAAGGUUUUCAAGGAUGUAUUCAUGAAUUAUCAAUAAAUGAACGACGAUUAACAUUCAAUAAUUCUGAACAUCAUAUUAUUCUUAGUGCACAAAAUAUUGAUGAAUGUAUUGCAAAUCCCUGUCGAACAGGUAUUGCAUCAUGUCGAAAUGGAACUCGUUGUAUACCAAUAAGAAAUAAUGAUGCAAAUAGUUAUAAAUGUAUAUGUGAUGAUCAUAUUUCAUCAUUAAAUACUGACUGUUUAACAUCAUCAAUUGAUCGAUGUUCAUUAAAACCAUGUGAUUAUGAUCAACAAUGUAUAAAUGUAUAUCCAACUAAUUAUACAUGUAUUUGUAAAAAUUGUGCAUCAGAUAAUCAAUAUAUAGCUGCAUUUGAUCCGAAUAGUUAUAUAAAAAGACCUCCUCUUGAACCAUUAGAACAUACAGGAAAAUUUUCAAUUGAAAUAUGGUUUCUUAGUGAAAGUUCAUCAGGUUUAUUAAUUUACAGUGAUCAUGUGAAUUCUAAAAAAGGAUAUUUUACUGUUUUUAUACAAAGACGAAUGGUUAUGUGUAAUAUUAUACUUGGAAGCAAGACUAUUUCACUUAGUUCUCGAUAUCCAAUCGAAUUAAAUAUAUGGCAUCGAUGUUCAAUUGAAAUUCAUGGUCAAAAGUUUACUUUAAUAGUCGAUCAAGAAUCACCUGUAGUUACAUAUGAAUUAUUUUCUACAAAUAUUCUGUGGCCUCGUUCAUUUACAUUUAUUGGUAAUGUACCAAUUCAAUAUCGUUCAUUUGAUACAUUAUCAAAUUUUAUAAUAUUCGAAGGAUUUCGUGGUGCAAUACAAAAAAUUAUUCUUAAUAAUCAUCCAUUAAAUGAUAUUCGUCAAGAUGCUAUAGAAUUAUUUAAUAUAAGUGAAUAUCGUGGUUAUCCAUGUCAACCAAAUCCAUGUACAUUAAAUAAAAUUUGUCAACAAACAGAAUUAAAUAAUUAUACAUGUCAUAUACGAUAUAAACAGUCUAAUGUUAAAGAUAUAUCAAUUGAAUUAGAUGGAAGACAAAAUCUUAUUUAUUCAUAUGUACCAUUAAAUUUAAAUCGAAAUUAUUUUAAAUUAUUAUUUAGAACAAAAACUUCAUAUGGUUUAAUUUUUUAUAUUGGUGAUACAACAACAAAUGUUUUUUCUCAAUAUAUAUCAUUAACAAUUGUUAAUGGUUUUAUACAAUUUACAGUUAAAACAGAUGAAAAUUCAACGGAAAUAUUUUUAAGAUCAAAAGCACGUAUUGAUGAUGGUCAAUGGCAUCGGAUUGAAGUCGAAAGAUUUCGUCGUCGCAUAACAAUGAAACUUGAUGAUAGUUAUCCUCGUCGUACUGCAUCAUUAAGUAAAAUAACUACAUUUCGUCCAAAUCCAACAUAUAUUUAUAUUGGUGGCUAUCAUCGUUUAUGUGGUCAUGAUGAACAACAUUGUCGAGCAUAUCGUGGAUGUUUAAAAAACUUUUUUAUCGAUAAAUAUUUUAUUGAUUUAUUUAAUGAUGAAAUAAAUCAAUACUAUCCAUUAAAAUCAUGUUAA